AUCCAGUUCAUUGUAAACAAAUAGGAUAAUGGCAAAGGUAUCUCUGUUUGUGGUGUGUGUCGUUUGCAUUCUGGCAUUGGCCUCUGCUCAGAGUGCUACAAAUGUGAGAGCUACUUAUCAUUUGUACCAACCUGAGCAGCAUAACUGGGACUUACUCGCAGUCAGUGCAUAUUGUUCAACUUGGGAUGCUGACAAAUCCUUGGCAUGGCGCAGCAAAUACGGUUGGACAGCUUUCUGUGGACCCUCUGGGCCUCAGGGCCAACAAUCUUGUGGCAGGUGCUUGAGGGUGACAAACACUAGAACAAACGCUCAGGAAACGGUGAGAAUUGUUGAUCAGUGCAGCAACGGGGGCUUGGACUUGGAUAUUGGUCCGUUCCAAAAGCUGGACACUGACGGGAAUGGCAUUGCUCAAGGCCAUCUUAUUGUUAACUACGACUUCGUCGACUGCGGUGACUAAACUUUGACUAGCUAGCGUUGGUUAUAUGCAAAAGGAAUUGAAUAAAGAAAGCCAUACAAGUGCUUUAUUGCUGAAUAGUAAUAAAAUAAAUAAAUGAAAGCAGUAAUUAAUAGUAUUACCAUCCCAAAUGGCUCACUGUUGCUUUUCU